AUGGAAGACUUAUCUGAAUAUAUUUCUGACACUUCUGAUACAUCGCAAUUACUUGAAAAUGCUUCUGAUAUAUCGCAAUUACUUGAAAAUGCUUCUGAUACGUCGGAAUUAUUUGAACAUACUUUUGAUACAUCGCAAGUUGGUGAAACUAUUAAAAAACGUAAAGUGGGAAAAACAAGCCUUCAAAGAAUUGUAGUAAAUAAGGGUGGACGUCCAAGAGCUGCAGUUUGGGAUGACUUUAUUACAGGAAAAUCCGAUGGCAAAGGUCAUUAUGGUGCAAAAUGUUGUUAUUGCACUAAAGGAAACUGGAAACGUGGAAGGCCUGCAAAGAUGGAAGCGCAUUUGGCUUUGCAUUGUAAAGGUGAGGUUCCCGAAAACAUAAGGCAACGUUGGCUAGUUGAAGUGGCAAAACGAAAUGACAAAGCAACGAAUAAUGAUAGUGACAAUGACACAGAACGACUACUAGAUGAGGAGGCUGCUCAUGUGACUGUACGAGUUGAUAAUUUACUCGACAAAGCACAAAAGUUAACUUUAGGUAAAAGAUCUAAAUUAAAAAAAAUCGG